AUUCAGUCUUCCUCAACGUCCACCACAGUCUACAACGAGCACGAAUCGCCACCAACAGUCUCAACCACCGUCAAUCUAUUAAUCUCUAUCACUCUCGACAACGAUACAUGGACCAGAGAAUUAUUCCGCAAAUAUGGACGGAGGCCGGUCCAAAUGUUCGUCGUUUCAGUCGCAACUUGGGUGUUGCCACUCGCCCACGUUCGGUAGCUCACCCAUGAAAAUAACCUGCAACGUUGAAAUCGAGCGAGCGAGACUACGUGAUGGGUAAACCCGUGAGACGUUGAUACUGAUACGGCUGAUUCGCUAUGUCAGCCUAUCAUGCAUAGCCCUUCGCAUGUUAGCAUGAACCUCGCGAGACUCUACAGCUUGAGACGACCCUCUAAUCUCAAUGAAAUUCGCCGCGUUGUGGAGACUGUGCUGGGGGAUAAACAACAAUCCAGCAAUCUUUUGCAAACCAAAGGAGAUGAUGCUCAGAUAUGGCUGGAUACACUUCAAGUGCUCGCCGAAGUUCCUGACGUGGGGAACAAACUACGUUCGUCGAUUCUCAAGGUGAUGCUUCACCUGUCCAAGCGGUCCGGUCUCUGCCCACAAUGCCUCAUGAUUAAAAACGUGAAAAGACUCGGAGACUUUCCUGUUGAAGGGGGUGGUUUUGGAGAUGUAUGGAAGGGCAAAAUCGGGGCACAAGUUGUAUGCUUGAAGGUCGUUAAGGUUUACUUGGUUUCUGAUGUGCGAGGGUUACUGAAAGAAUACAUGCGAGAAGCGAUUGUCUGGCAGCAGCUCAAACAUCCUAAUGUGCUACCGUUCAUGGGAAUGUACUACUUGGACAAGGCUCGAGGACAGUUAUGUUUGGUCUCUCCGUGGAUGGAACGAGGCAACCUCGUGCGGUUCUUGAAAGAGACCCGUAGGGAAGACAUCGAUUAUCAUUCAUUAGUGUACGAUGUCGCUUCUGGGCUACUAUAUCUACACGGUAUGAAAAUUGUUCAUGGCGAUCUGAAAGGUGUCAACAUACUGAUUACACCGGAUGAACGUGCCUGCAUUGGAGAUUUUGGGCUAUCGAGAGUAGCAGACACUCAUGCGCUGAGAUUGACUUCUUCCACAACGAUCCAUUCGAAGGGAACGACGAGAUGGCUUUCACCUGAGAUUUUGAAGUCGGAUCCACCGUGUCCUUCUUCGAUGAGCAGCGAUAUAUAUGCUUUUGCUUGCGUGUGUUAUGAGAUCUUCAUGGGGAACGUUCCAUUCUACGAACUGACGGAUGGUGCAGUCAUUGUCGCUGUACUGUUAGACAAGAAGGUUCCAUCACGUCCCAGAUCGAAGCCUUUGAACGACGAUAUGUGGAAUAUUAUGGUGUCUUGCUGGAAGACGGAAGCCCACCUUCGACCGAGUGCAUCUGAAGUGUUCGCUCGUCUCGAUGGGAUCAAGAGUUCGAAAACGGGUAGCAAUGUUGAACCUGCUUCUGCUUGGGAUACCUCCGACUUGACUCAGCUCUGGAAGAACGUGAAGUACCCUCUCCUUGACACGGCAGCGCUUGUGCGACUUCAGAAAAAGCUCAGUCGAACGGCUCCAGUACAGUUGGCGAAUGUGGGGCGGGUGGUGGAGGAUAUGCAGGAUAUGCAUAUCAAGGCUGAAUUCAAUGCCGCCCUGAAAAUCGUUGAAAGAUGGGACAAGGCUCGUCGAAAAAAUGAGCUCGAUUUUGCAUACCUUGAUCUCGGGGCUCGAGUUGCCGAUUGGAGGGAGGCUCCACUGCACUCUUGCGGUCAACUUAUUCUUCACGCAACACUCGUCUAUAUCAGCUCAAAUUUCAGUUAUGAAUAUCGCGUCUUCCUCUUUAAGGAAGUCGUCCUAUUUUGCUGGGACCCCACUCCUGCUCGCUAUCAUUUUGCGGUAAACGGGGAUAUUGUGUUAGAGCCGGGUCAGGCGCAAAGACCGAUUACAAUCCGAGGCCUCACUGAUUUGAAGGCCAUAGUCAAGGCCCAAAUGGCUGAAAUAGUUGGAGAGUCUUCGGUGCAGUACAUGCUCAAUAUAUGGUGGAAGGCAUACGACCGUUCAGGCGACUAUUCACUUCAAUUUCCUCGGAAGAACCAAAUGCAAGAAUGGCAUUCAACGAUAAACAGUCUCAUCCACCCACCUGACACUGAUAGCUCGGACCAUGGGCCGCAAACCUCACUUUAUCCAUCACCUCCUACCACACCGAGCUCAGAUCACGCUCCAGAACCGAAUACGGUAUCUACGAGCAAUGCCAGUGAAUUGAGUCGAGUGGCGGGGGUCGGCCAUUCCAUUCGUGAGGCUGGCCGUCCCCUUCCUCCGUUGCCAGACACGCCAAGCUCGUUUAAGGGGAGGGAAACCGAAAAGACAAAUUCAACUAGCAGUCAGUGGAGUCGAACGGCGGUCAUUAGUCAUUCUGAUUCCAUUUAUGUGGUCGAAAACAAACCAGCGGUGUCGAAAGCACUAGUUCAAGUGAAGGUGCAUUUCCUGUUGGACAUCUUUCUCCUUGAUGUUUCACCCUCGAUCAGAUACGAGGAACUGGCUGCAAUGAUUUGUCAGAGGAUUUAUUCCUGUGGGGUUUACCGUGGUGUGCGUUCGAUACUUAUUGAUUGGGAGAAUGAGAAGGAGUUUGGUCGGUGGGUGACGCUUAUAUCGGAUGCGGAUGUUAGAAGGGCGUUGGGAGAGGCGUAUGAGGAGGGGACGAUGUCCACUUUACAUGUGUCAUAGCAUCUAGGACUUCGACACUCUUUUUAUACGGUAGACUAGAGUGUAGUUACCUUCGUUUCGACGGCCAGAUCUCUUGUUUUCACC